CCCCUCCCUCUCUUGUUUUAUUGCCCACUGUUAGUCACUCUGAAUGUCGUCAUGGCGAUGGAAUAAACACAUGACAACAAGUCCUCUGCACUUCAGAGCUCAGUUGAGCUGCUGCAGAGAGAGACAGAGGACAGACAGAUCAGAUCAUGGCGCAGAGCUCGGACCUAGACCUGGACCUGGUCCUCGCAGCUUUUAAGAAGUUUGCCGUUCAUGGAGACAUGAAGGCGACGGGGGAGGAGCUGAACGGGAAGAACUGGAACAAACUGUGCAAAGACUGUAAGAUCAUCGACGGCAAGAACGUCACCGGCACCGACGUCGACAUCAUCUUCUCUAAAGUCAAACAGAAGACGUCUCGGGUCAUCACAUAUGAGGAGUUUCAAAAAGCUCUGCAGGAGCUCGCGCCAAAGAGGUUCAAAGGUCAAAGUAAAGAGGAGGCACUGGAGUCUAUUUACAAGCUGGUGGAAGGGGGCGGGCCCACCAAUAUGGGUGUGACGAAAGUGGCAAAGAAGGGGGCCGUGGACCGUCUCACAGACACAUCCCGCUACACCGGAUCACACAAGGAGCGUUUUGAUGACAGUGGCCGGGGCAAAGGUCGCAAGGGCCGUGAAGAGAUUGUGGAGAACACUGGCUACGUGGGAGCGUAUAAGAACGCCGGGACAUACGAGUCCAAGAUGAAGGGAGAGAAAUAAGGAGGCAGCUGUGUGUGUGUGAUCAUGUGAUCAUGUGAUCAACUCAAACAUGUGUCAGUGACACUGAGACAUCUCAGAUACUUCUGUGACCUGAGGCCUUAUGCUAAGCUAACUACUCUCCUGGGGCUAAUGCUAAGCUAACUACUCUCCUGAGGCUAAUGCUAAGCUAACUGCUCUCCUGGGGCUAAUUCUAAGCUAACUACUCUCCUGGGACUAAUGCUAAGCUAACACAUUACUCACGCUACACGUUACGCAACUCUUUCUGCUCCCCCCCUCUGCCUGUCUGUAUGUAUGUCUGCCUGUCUGUCUGCUUGUCUUCAGGCUGCAGCACUUUUCGAUUCAUGUCAUUUAACAGGACGUUUUUAACAGGAAGUAAAAACCCAGUUUCUCUGAGGUCAUGUGAUCUGUCCUCACUGACCCACGUGUCUCAGGUGUGUGAUGGUUCUCAGUGACAUUUGGCCACACCUCCUCGAUAGAUCAUGUCAUUCAUGUGUUAUAAGACAAAGUGAACACUAGAGGGCACUGUACACCUUCUAUAAUGACUGGAGCUGUCUGACACAAGGACCUGGUCCUGCCACAUCUCAUCUGAAUCCAGGCACCACCUGUCAGUCCUUAUGUUUGAUGACAUCAUCUUUGUGGUUUUUCCCCACAAUUCAGUAAAUGUGUUUAUGUUAAAACUAUAUUUAAUGAACAGAGUUUGUGAAUAUGUUACACGUCUGCAAAUUUGUUAGUUAUGUUUUGUUUUGGGUGUCACAUAUUUGUCAUUUCCUGUUUUAUUUUGGUGAGGUUUUAGGAUUUCCUGUGGGUCUGCACUUCGACUACCUUGUCCUUGUCCUGUCUAAUUACCUCGAGUGUUUGCACCUGGUAUCACUCCCUGAUUGUCAGCACCUGGUCCCCUUUCCCAUUCUUUAGUCACUCACUGCCCUUUGUCAGUGUGUUUUUUUGUCUCCAUGUUCCUCAUUACAUUGCUCAUGCUUAGAGAGUUUAGAAUCAAGUUGAUCUAGUUUAUGUUUCCAUGUUUAGAGUCAAGAUCCAUGUUGAUCUAGUUUUUGUUUUCUGGUUAUAGGGUUUUCUUUGCCGUUUUCUCUUGCCUUCGGCAUUCUUCUUUGUUCAUGUUUUUGAGAGAGCAAUAAAGCCUCAUUUUGAGUUUA